UUAGAUUAAUUAACUUUCCGUUACAUCUGGUCUGUAUGAACUGCCAUUUUAUGUAAUGACCAAAUACUGGUCUCUCAUCCACAAGAUAGAUAUAUCUUCCAGAACAACAUUUCAGUAAUGGAGUAUCCACACAGUCACCAUCACCAUCACCACCACCGGAGGGACGAAGACGAGGAACAACCACCUCACCCACCACCGUCCUAUGAGCGACCACCACCAUCAUACUUUCAAGACAACGAAUAUGCACCCCCACCACCACCUGCAUAUUACCAAGAAGAGGAGUUUCCACCUCCACGGCCCCAUUAUCAGGAACCUGAGUAUGCCCCACCAGCGCCACCAUCUACACAUGUGAGUCACGUGCACCACAGUUACACCAGUGAUCCACAAGAAUACAACUCUUUCGAUUACCAAGAGACACCAACUGAGGUGAGCCAUGUUGCUCAUGGAGAAUAUCAACAUGAGGCUUCACAUCAUUCGUGGAGGCCUCAUUUGCCGGCUUUUCUUCAUCAUCACUCUGAUUCUGCCUCUGGCCCUCUCUCUCACCUCGCUAACAAACCCACUGUCAAAGUCUGCUGCAAGGCUGGGCCCGAUCUCUUUCUCACCAUCAGAGAUGGUCAACUGAUUCUUGCAACAUCUGAUCCCUCAGAUGAGUUCCAGCAUUGGUACAAAGAUGAGAAGUUCAGUACCAGAGUGAAAGAUGAAGAGGGCUUUCCUUGCUUUUCUCUGGUCAACAAAGCUACUGGUCAGGCCAUAAAGCACUCUGUUGGAUCUGGUCAUCCCGUACAGCUGGCACGCUAUAAUCCAGAUGAGCUUGACUCAUCUAUACUCUGGUCUGAGAGCAAGGACAUAGGUGAUGGUUACCGAGCAGUAAGGAUGAUUAACAACAUUCGCCUGAAUGUCGAUGCUUUUCAUGGUGAUAAGGACCAUGGUGGUGUCCAUGAUGGCACUACAAUUGUGCUCUGGGAAUGGGCCAAGGGAGAUAACCAGCAAUGGAGGAUCACCCCUUACCAAUAAAUCAGUACUGUCCUGUGGUCUCUAGAAGUCGUAUUAUGUUUGCUAAAGUAUUGCUUGGAGGAUUUGACAUAUAUUAUCUGUAUGAAUUGGUAUUGUCUUGUGGUCUCUAGAAGUCAUAUUAUGUUUGCUAAAGUAUCGCUUGGAGGAUUCGACAUAUAUUAUCUGUAUGAGUGGUGGUGUAUUAUGUGUUUAAACUGGACAUCUUGAUGUGUUUUAUGAUUCUCAGAUUCUGUUGCUGUUGUUCUAUUUUGUGGACCGGAUUGAUAUCCAUAUUAUGUAAUAAUGAAUUCUAAACAUCUUAUCAUUUGGUAUGAAUGUUCUAUUUCUGUGGUUGUGUA